CAAUGUCGGAACGUUCCGAAGAUGACGUCGGAGCGUUCUCGAAUCCCGUGUCUCUCGGCUGCUGCUGCCGAAGGAACAGGGAAAAAGCAACAAGAAGGAAGAGCAAUGGCGACACUGGAUCGCAAAGUGCCCAGUCCGGAGGCGUUUCUGGGCAAACCCUGGUCCUCCUGGAUCGACGCCGCCAAAUUACACUGCUCCGACAAUGUAGAUUUAGAAGAGGCUGGAAAAGAGGGUGGAAAAAGCAGGGAGGUUAUGAGGCUUAAUAAAGAAGAUAUGCACUUAUUUGGCCAUUAUCCAGCACAUGACGACUUCUAUCUCGUAGUGUGCAGUGCCUGUAAUCAGGUCGUCAAGCCACAGGUUUUCCAGUCGCACUGCGAGCGAAGACACGGUUCAAUGUGUAGACCUUCUCCCUCUCCCGCGUCUCCAGCCUCCAAUCCCAGGACAUCACUAGUACAGGUGAAAACAAAAGCCUGUCUCAGCGGCCAUAACUCUGCCAGCAGCACCUCAAAGCCAUUCAAAACGCCCAAAGACAAUCUACUUACCUCCAGCAGCAAACAGCACAUAGUCUUUUCUGCGAAAGGAUCAAGGGAUAAACCAUGCGUUCCGGUUCCUGUAGUCAGUUUAGAGAAAAUUCCUAACCUUGUGAAGGCAGAUGGUGCCAAUGUCAAAAUGAACUCUACAACCACUACUGCAGUUGCCGCCUCCUCCACCCCGUCCUCUGCCGUCUCCGCCCCUCCUUUAAUUAAGCCGGUCCUGAUGUCCAAGUCAGUGCCACCUUCACCAGAGAAGAUCUUAAAUGGCAAAGGAAUUCUGUCAGCUACCAUAGACAAGAAACACCAAAAUGGCACCAAAAACAGCAACAAGCCUUACAGGAGACUUUCAGAGAGAGAAUUUGACCCAAAUAAACACUGUGGAGUAUUGGAUCCCGAGACAAAGAAACCUUGCACAAGAUCCCUCACCUGCAAGACACAUUCGCUAAGCCAUCGGAGGGCAGUCCCGGGCCGGAAAAAGCAAUUUGACCUCCUCCUGGCAGAACACAAAGCCAAGUCCCGGGAAAAAGAAGUUAAAGAUAAAGAGCAUCUCCUGACUUCCACAAGGGAAAUACUUCCAAACCCAUCCGGGCCAGCGCAGGAUUCUCUGCCAGGAUCUUCAGGGAGCUCUGGGCCAGAACCAAAAGUUGCAUCCCCUGCAAAAUCCAGGCCACCUAACUCUAUACUUCCCAGACCGUCAUCUGCAAACAGCAUAAGCAGCAGCACGUCCUCAAAUCACAGCGGCUACACUCCAGAGCCCCCUCUCCCCCCCGUUGGAGUUGACCUCGCCAGCCGACUGUCCAGUGAUGAAGGGGAGAUGGACGGAGCCGACGAAUCCGAGAAGCUAGACUGUCAGUUCUCCACGCACCACCCCAGACCUCUUGCGUUUUGCUCAUUCGGCAGUCGCCUCAUGGGACGCGGGUACUAUGUGUUUGAUAGAAGAUGGGAUCGUUUUCGAUUCGCGCUAAACUCCAUGGUAGAAAAACACUUGAAUUCACAGAUGUGGAAGAAGAUCCCUCCUGCGGCAGAUAGCCCCCUGCCCUCGCCAGCAGCCCACAUCACCACCCCUGUUCCAGCAUCCGUUUUGCAGCCUUUCAGCAACCCCAGUGCUGUGUAUCUUCCUUCAGCUCCCAUCAGCUCGAGACUCACCUCUUCUUACAUAAUGACAUCAGCCAUGCUCUCAAACACAGCUUUUGUGGCAUCGCCGGACCCGAGCGCCCUCAUGCCCCACACCACAGCUUUCCCUCAUGUGGCCGCAACCCUCAGCAUCAUGGACUCAACCUUCAAGGCCCCAUCCGCCGUGUCCCCGAUACCAGCCGUCAUCCCUUCCCCAUCCCACAAGCCAUCCAAAACCAAAACCAGCAAAUCCUCAAAAGUCAAAGACCUGUCUGCCCGUAGCGACGAGUCUCCAAGUAACAAAAAGAGGAAGCCGCAGUCCUCGACUUCCUCCUCCUCCUCUUCCUCCUUGUCCUUGCAGACACCCCUCUCGUCUCCAUUGUCAGGGCCCCACAAAAAGAACUGUGUUUUGAACGCCAGUUCUGCUUUGAACUCCUAUCAGGCGGCCCUUCCCUAUAACAGUAUGUCCGUGCACAACUCAAACAACGGGCUGAGCCCACUCAGUGCCAAACUGGAGCCCUCAGGACGGACCUCGCUGCCCGGCAGCCCCGCGGACAUAGCGAGACAGGUGGGCGCGGUGGGAGGCAGCAGUGACUCCUGUGCCCUCUCUGUGCCCUCCCUUGCGCUCCACGCAGGGGACCUCUCUCUGGCCUCACACAAUGUCGUGUCUUCUCUGCCCCUCUCUUUUGACAAAUCAGAAGGAAAAAAGCGUAAGAACUCGAGUUCUAGUAGCAAAGCCUGUAAAAUCACUAAAAUGCCUGGUAUGAAUAGCGUUCACAAAAAGAACCCGCCCGGCCUUCUUGCACCGGUGCCCGAGCCCGUUAACAGCACCUCCUCUCGGCAGGUUGGGAAAAAUAGCAGCCUAGCUUUGUCACAAUCCAGUCCUUCAAGCAUAUCCAGCCCAGGACACAGCCGACAGAACACAAACAGAAUGGGCAGGAUAAGGACUCUUCCAUAACAAGACUAUGAAGCCACUUCCAAACCAAUUCCAGGCCACCUGAUCCCAGGCCCAGGGAGGGGAGUGGGCCAUGGGGGAGAGUCUAUUUCUUCUGCCCUGCCUGUGGCUCUGGCCUUUCUUCUUCUUCUUCUUUUUUCUUUUUUUUAAUUGACCAGUUUUUAGUUUUGAAGAAAAAGGCAAAAGAACGUGAAUUUGAGAUUUACAGAAAACAACACCAGUGUUUUGUUUCUCUUGUCUUUCCUUUCAUUUGCCACAUUUAUACAUUCUUCCAAAUUUGGGGCACUCCCCUAGCUCCUGAUGCUGCUACUGCACCAUCAUCUUGCUCCAGCCAUGAGAGCAGACAUGGCAGAACAUCAGUUCUGGGUUGGCACCAUCUGAAGCUCUUGAACUUUAGCACACCCAGAGCCCUUUUCCUUCCUUGUCCUCUCCACCUGAUCCCUCCCACCCCUCCACCUGCCACUCACUGGGUCCCCACUGGCCCUCAGAAAUAGCUGGCUCUUACAGGCUCCCCUCUGGACUUUGUGCAGGGGGAGGUAAUUUUGCUGGGGAGAAGCUGAGAGCAGAGAGACAGAGGGUGGGAGGGAGCGGGUGCCCUCAUCAGGUUUCUACAACUCGACAUGGCCGGAUCCUAAUGCUAGGGGCAAAAUUGAGAACAGCUCCAUUUAACGAUGCAGCUUACCCACAUCCACUGCCCAGCUGUGCAGCUCAGAAAGGAGACACCAGGUCAGGGACAGGGGCUGGACUGGGUAUGGGAGGGUGGCAGGAAGCAGAGCUGGGAGGUAGGGGACAAUCAAUCCCUCAAAAGAUGGUGGGAACCCAGUGACUGUGGUGGUCUGAGCUUGUUGGGAAUCUACAGAAUCCCUUCCAGGCACUUGCCCAAAGUCGGGUGAGCCAGAAAGGGAGAAAUCCCAGGAAAAAAGCCACGAGAACUCAGAAAGCCACUCCCUGAGGAGGCACGGUGAUCACACACAGCUGCUGCAGGUUCUCAAGGCGCCCUCUGGGGCUAGGAAGGGUCCUCUAGGGAAAGCUUCCCUGGAGGGUUAUGUGUCAAACCCCUUGCGAGAAUAAAUACUAGCGUUUCCCACCCACCCCCGUGCCCUGGGCCACAGACACCCAGUGGGAUCAGCACAGCCAUUGACCAGCAUGUGCUACGUUACCAAAUGCCCCCACUCAGAGACAGCCAUGCCCAAGAAGGAAUGGGAAGGACGAGCCACUGCUUAGUGACGAAGAGCCAUUUGGAAGAGCUGGAACAGAGCCAUUGGAGCCCAGCAGCUACAGAAAUAUUCACACUGGAGUUUUGAAAGAAAACAGCAACACCAUAAGCUCUAAUAGGGAGUCCUAAUCAGGAAAGAAAUUAACAAUAUAAAAUAGGUGUUCUGUGCUAGUAAUCGUGUAACUUUGCAUAUGGGAUAGAGCAGAGCUACUAGGAGGUUUUGCUUUAUCCUUAAAUCAGAAAUGAAUGCUAGUUUUGCAGGUGGGCACAACCCUCGUCCCCACCCUGACAGUUUCCUUUUCUUUCCCGUCCCCCAACCCAAAGAUCAGACUACUGUUAAGUUUCACCUUACGACUGGAAUCUGCAAAGACGGGAGGCAAAUGGAGUGAUUUGCAUCAAUGGAAUUGCACUGACAGUGUUUCUUAUAGGAUUACUAAAUUUUUUAGUAUAAAAUGAAGAUUUUUUUAAAAAUCAGGAGUUGAUAUUAGUAUCAGAACAUUAGUUCAGAUGAUUUCAUUUUUAUUUCUACAGUGUUAAAAGUGCACUUAUAUGCUGGUUUAUUUACAUCUUGGGAAAAAGAGACUGCAAAUUGAAGGGACGAUUGUUACUUUUUCUUUUUUAAAAAAAAGGUUAAGGCAGAUUUUAAGACUUAUAAAUGUUUAAGAAAUUAUAAACAAGGUUAGACUCUUUGGAAAAAAGCUUAGAAGAUAUUCUUAAAGUAAAUUUUUAUAGUGUUAAUUUUGUAAUAAUUUAUGUUUUACUAUAUUACAGAGCUAACUGACCAGAAUAGUUUCAGAAACAAUAUGAAACUUAGGAAAGUUUAAGCAAUGUUUAUAUUUUUAAAAUGUUCUUUGAAUUAUGUUUUUAAUUGUACAUUUCUUCAGACUGAAAAGUAUGUACAUAUCUUUGUUAUUUUUGCACAAUUUUUGUCUUGUUCGGUUUCAGAAGUCUGUUGUUUUUUAUAAUUUAUUUUGAGUUGUAAAACUCACGGGAGUAAACACAAAACAAAACAAAAUCUCAACAACAAAAUAACCCUCUGAUUUAUAAACUCUUGUAUUCGAGGAGGGAAAACAAAGGUUGGGAGAUUCAGUGGCUGCUCCUGAGAAAUAAUGUCUCGACAGAGACUAAAGGAGCCGUUCAGCUUAAACACUGUGGCUCUCUCCACCUGGAAUUGGAAGCUGGAAUAAAGAGGCUCCCCAUCGAAUGCUGCUUACUUUGUUGAAAGACUGGCUGUGACCAAGGUGAGGAUAUUUCUGGAAAACUGAGCAAAAAAGGGAAACCCACGGCAUUUCUUCCUUCAUGAUCAACUACAGGUUUACUUUACAAUGAUGUGUUAGAAACUUGCAGCUUGAAAAAUGGAAUGCAAAUAAAAGGUUCUCUUUGGGUUUGUUUUCAUGGAGUUAAACUGGAGCAGCCUAUGAAGCAUUAUUAGGGUGAUAUCCUUUGGGUCCUUCUGUUCUGCACACCCACUCAGUCUUCUCUCCCGGCCCCUUGACUGCACACACCCCUGUUUGCCUGAAGAUCUCCUGACUUGUCGCCAGCCAUAGAGGCUCGAAAGCUCUGGUUGUUAAGCAUAACGCAAUGCAUAGACCUGUCAGCCAUAAAAAAAAAAAAAAAAAAAAAAAAGCGACUUGGAUAACUUGUAUGCCUUCUUUUGUAUCAAUGUACCAAUUGUAAAUAACGCUGAUCAACCUUUGUAGAGAAUAGUUUAUACAGCAUAUUCUAUUAUUGCUGAUUCUCAGUGAACUCCUGUUUUAAAAAAGGAAAAAGAGAAAUUUUCUAUUUACCUUCUAUUUUGUUAUGCUGUCGGCCCAUGGCACUUUAACAAAACUCUGUGGGUUUUACGUAGCUGAUCAGUCAUGGGGUAUAUUAAAUAACUGUUGUUGCACAGACAAG